AUGGCCUAUAACAAAGCAUUCAAUCCUGAUGCCCUUCCUGCUCAUGCGGAGCCGGAGCAGGCUGCACAAGCCCUCGGUCAGUUACAAGGGAACCGUAAACCCUCGCCUAACACACACUCCCGCUUUUCGAAUCAACACCCUCUGAAUCCUCAUGCGCCGCGGUCCUCGUCGCCCGGCGUGCGACGAACCUCACCCGCAAGCUUACCGAGUCAAACAUAUUCUUCACCCCGACCUCCCAAUAGUCAAUCAUAUGGCGACAAUCACUCCAGUCGCAUACAAUCACCUCCCGCUCAAAUGAACUACGCUCACCCGCCUGCAUCUCGACCUCAGGCAGAACCUGUGGGACUACGAAGACCCUCGAAUGAAGCCCAUCAAUACCCAGCGCGCACACCUGCGCCGCCUGAUCCAGAUUCAGUUGAUCUCUUGCCCCUAUUUCGAGCCGCGAAUGCAUCUGGUACAGGAUCACUUACGACGACGGAGCUAGGAUCGGCCCUGGUGAACGCCGAUUUCACUCCUUUUGACAGGCUGACCAUAGCGUCGCUAAUGCGCAUGUUCACCACCUCACCACCUAACCAGCCUCAAGGUCCCACCAUUACGUUCACCGAGUUUGAGAAUCUUUGGCGGUUCCUUGCUGCCUGGCGCACACUUUUUGAACGCUUUGAUGAGGACAGGAGCGGACGGAUUUCGUUGGCCGAGUUCUCAAAAGCUCUGACGGCAUUUGGAUAUCGAUUGUCACAACCCUUUGUUAGCGUGAUCUACCACACCUUUAACGACCGCAACCCUCUUCCGAGCCAGGGCAUGAGCUUCGAUCUUUUUGUGCAAGCGUGCAUCAGCCUGAAAAGGAUGACAGACGUGUUCAAGAAAUACGACGACGAUCGGGACGGAUACGUGACCCUGAGUUUUGAAGAGUUCUUGACGGAGAUUCUCCGGCUACGAGAUUGA